AAAAAAAAGACAAAGACCCAGAAAAAUCGAUGAGUAAGUCAUCAGUCUCUAUACGAAGCUCCAACAUCAGUGUCGUGCUUCUCUUCCUAAAUCUCUUCACUUUCUUCUCCAUUGUCUCCUCCGAUGAACAUGUCUUCGCAGUGGGUGAAACUGUUUCAUUACAAGUGACUCCAAGAACAGAGGUGAUUGAUUCUCCUGGUCUGAAGCCAGGUCUUACAUCGAUAUGUGAGAGAUUACAUAUCCAUGGAUUACAAAGACUUAAUCACAUUGAUAGAUAUGCACAUUCACUGAAGCUGACCCUUUUGAGUAAUAGUGAUUCCAACAGUAUAGACAUUUGCUUUCACAGGAAUUCGUCUCGUGCAAUUGGAAUGUGCCCUCAUGGUCAGUGGAAGAAAGUAUCCAAAGAGUUACCUUGGGUUGGGAUAAUGUCACCUUUUGACUACAAGAUUCUCGAUGUAAGAACAUUUGGUGGCUCAUCUAAUAUCACUACGUUGGAGCUGGUUGCUAAACAAGAGUUUUUCAUGUACCGUAUCGUGUUCUUAAUGAUGGGGAUAUUGUUGCUGAAUUUGGCUUCUAGACUUAGUAAAUCAGUAACGUUUUACUACAUUGGUGCCAUGUCCAUUGGAAUUGUCAUUCUUGUAACUCUUAUCAUUAAUCAGGGGUUAAAGCAUCUCCCAACUGGAGGGAAGGGUCGGCUUGAGUUAUUUCUCUACUCGUCUAUGAUUGGUGCGGGAGGUUACUUUCUUCAGUACAUACGCGGUUUAAUUCAUGAUCCUCCAAUGCAGAUAGGAAUCAGUGAAGAUUUGUACAUCACUCUGGCGAUUCUUUUGGUUGCAUUUGUAUAUUUGUUUGGAGCAUGGUCAGGGUUUUGGACUGUUAAGAAAUUUGUUGUGACAAAAGAUGGUUCUAUUGAUCUUUGUACAUCAAUCUAUGCCUGUUGGACCAUUCGAGCUUUUGCUAUGGUUCUGAUCCUUCAGAGCUCUUUAGAUCCCUUGCUUGCUGGAGGAGCGUUGAUAUACGGAAUUCUCACGUCAGUAAUUCUAAAGAGUAUCAGCAGAAAGGUGGUAGCGCAAAGAAUCUAUGAGCAAGAUGAUGAAAAUAAGUGUUGUAGCCCCGGCUUAAUCCAUGCUACUACGUUUGCUUCUCCUCUUCCUAGAGGUUCCAAAAAGAAGUUGAGGACAGUACCACUAUCUGCUUCAGAUUUAUUCCCUUCUUCAUUCCACAAAACACCAGAAGGGAGAAGGAAGGUAACAAAGGAAGAGUUAGAAAAGUUCACUAAAGAGAGCACAGAAAAGGCAGUGAAGGAACUGGUUUCUUCACCCGGUUUUGGCGAAUGGGCGGCAAAAAAUGCUAAUAGAAUCAGCGUUAAUCCGAUAAACGAAUCGUCCAGUAAACUGACUAAUACUGUUAAGCGUAGAAGAUGGUUCCUCUGGUUCUGAAAUGCUGCAAGCAACCAGAGAAACUUUUGAACCAGUCGGAGAGUGUAGACUGUAGAGACUCUUGUAACUUCUUAGGGCACUACUGUUGUAAUAACCCAAAUUGUUUCUUCUUAGGUUGGUUGUGUACACAGCAACAAACAUUGCUUCUAUAUUUCUUGUGGAAAAAAAAAUUCUCACUGAUGAACGGAUUGUAAAAGCAAUUAGCAUUGCUCUUUUUUUUGUUUUUGGUCUUGAAAUCAACAUAAUGCACCUUCAAA